UUUCGUUUAUAUCAUGCAGACACAGACAUGUUGCAUUUAGGUCUACUGUGCCAAGCGGCAUUUGCUGUUGCGAAACUAAACGGGUUUUCAGGAAAGCCAGUGAUUUUCUUGGUUGAACUUUGUGGAAAAGGGUGGAGCGCUCUCCUCGGUGUUUACAUUGUGACGUCAGGCAGGGCACAAAGGCUGGAGAGGGAGACGCGUGACGGAGUUUUGUAACCUCGCUUCUCCGUCGUGGGGCGGAGACUGUUGACUAAAGGAAACAAAGUUCCACAGCCAAUUACAACUACAACAGCGGACCUCAAAUAUUUGCACCACAUACUCAAAGCGAAUUUACAUUCCUCUUUUUCCCACGGACGGAGACUGGCACAUGCACAAGCCGGUGGUGGAACAGGUCGUCUUGUUUACGUUUCAAUCUACGUGAUUUUGCGGAAAGAAAUUCGGAAACAGAAUGAAAUCUGUUAAAUAUUGAACCAAGGUCAAAAUAGAGAAGUUUUUUUUCGGCAAGGCAGCGAGGAAUUUCAUAAGCGCGGGGUACAGACCAUCUGGAGUGGAACGUGACCCCAGGGGUCCUGCCCUAAUGGAGCUGCAUUCGGUUAUUCUGACGACGGGAUGCUCCGUGGGCUUUUUCAAGCUCGCGAACUCGGGAAUGAAGAGGCUCCCGAUGCCAGAUGCCGCGCGCAGAAACGCCUGGAAAUGGAGAAACAUCGCCACUUCUUUCGUGCACAGUCUCAUAACUGGCAUCUGGGCUGUGCUCUGCUUCUACUUGCAUCCUCAGAUGGCCGAAGACCUCAUAUCCACCCACUCCGUCUUCUCGCACGCGCUGGUCUCGGUGUCUAUCGGGUACUUCAUCCAUGACUUCUCUGACAUGGUGCUGAACCAGAAGAUCAGCCAGUCCUGGGAGCUGCUGUUUCACCAUUCGGUGGUGAUCAGCUGCUUCGGGCUCUCGGCGUUGUCGCGGCGAUACCUGGGCUUCGCGGCGGUGGCGCUGCUGGUGGAGCUGAACUCCGUCUUCCUGCACCUGCGGCAGAUGCUGCGCAUGGCGGGCGGGGCCAAGACCACGCCCUACCGGGUGAACAGCAUGGUCAACCUGGGCACGUACGUGGUGUUCCGCAUCAGCACGCUGGCCUGGAUGACCCGCUGGCUGGUGCUGAACCGCGAACACGUGCCCCUGCUGGCCUACACGCUGGGCAGCGUCGGCAUGGCGAUCAUGACCGCCAUGAACAUCGUGCUCUUCUGCCGCCUGCUGCGCAGCGACUUCCUGCAGACCGGACGCGACGGCAGGAAGGAGAAAUAGGAGGCUCCGCCCCCUGCCCCAAACCCCGCCCCCCCAUGCCCAGCUAUGCCCCCCAAA